GGAGAUUGUCCUCUCCCGCCAAUUUGAAAUGAAUUUUCUGAGGAGAGAUUAAUUUCCGACUAGACAUUUUAAACUGUCUUUCGAUUGUUUUGGAUGAUAUUCUAGCUAUCUUUUUUUUAAAUUUAACGUCUGCCUUAUUGUUGACGCAGUUGUUGAAGAUGUGGAAUGACGUUGAACUUCUAACAAAUGAUGACACGGGCAAUGGUCGGUUGAACAUUGAGGCUAGAAAAGAGAGCGGUGCAGCCCUUUAUCAAGUUGAUACUGUAGUUAAAAUAUCCUCUUCAGAGACGGUAUCAGUUAGCCCCAAACUUCAUGCCUAUAGCAACUCUGAUGGCUGCGUGGUGGUUGUGGACCAGUCAGUACUCAUUAUGGACCAGAUUUGUCAGUCGGUGCUGCUACAGCUUCAGUUUGAUACUGAAGUGGAUGUAGUGGCACUUUGUCAGGAAGGACAAUUUCUGAUGGUUGGAGAAAGAAAUGGAAACCUUCAUCUACUGCAUGUAAAGUCCAGACAAACAUUAUUAACUAAUUCAUUGAUGAAGAACUCUUCAAAAGGGAAGACCUACCUAAGUCUUACUUUGGAGGAGGAAGUCCCUAAUUCAGGCACCUACUAUGUGGUCCUGCUAACCAACAACGGUUUCUUCUGGGUUUCAUGUCUUCAGCUUGCCAGACUUCAAGAAGCAAUUGAGACGAAGGACUUCAAUACAACAAAAACCCUGAAGGAACAGAUGAAGAUCAAGUUUGUGCAGACUGAAGAUAAACACACAGCUGGCUGCAACCAUGCAGUGAUCGCCAGUUUGAAAAGUAGCAUUAAACUGCUUGUUGGUGGUACAGGUGACAACGUAUUGUCAACAUGGAAUAUGAAUGGUGUCAAGGAACUGGAGGCCAGUAAUGUAGUUGAUUCAUCCAUAAUGAAAGGUGUUAAGAAGUGUCAAAUUCUUGGGAAUACCAUAAUAAUCCUGGAUGACACUUAUUUCCUCAGUAUGUGGGAUGCCUAUAGUCUUGUCAUGGUCUGGUCCUGGCCCUCGGUUCAAAUCCAGGAUUUUUUGGUGACUGCAGAGGGGGAUUCUUCUGCCAUUACCAAGCAAGGGAUUGCCAACUUGAAACUUGUGGCCUUGACGGUCCCAGUGAACAAAGAGACAAGAAAUCUUUUGGUAUACUCUUUUCCUACAAUGAAACUACUGUACUCGUUGGAAGUGGCAAAUGUGUCAGCUCUGGUUCAAACAGAUGUUGGUCAGGACACCAUAUACAUUUUGGAAGGACUUUAUGAAAAUCAGAAAAGAAACUGUAGUUCACCUGAAGGAGUCAUUUCUGCAAUUGCUAUGAGAUGUUUAACAGAAGCAUUGCCAGAAAACAGACUCAGUCGCCUGCUCUACAAGCAUAAAUUCGAGGAAGCAGAGAAAUUUGCUCUACAGUUUGGUUUGGAUGUAGAACUUGUAUACAAAGUCAGGCUGAGCAUAGCUCUAGAGAAUCUUGCCUCAGUUUCCUUGGGAGAUCCCAAUCCAUCAUUGUGGCAGAACAUAGUUGAAGAGGCAAAAGCAGACUUGCACAAAAUACAGGACGAUCAAUUUGUCUUGAAAUAUUGUAUGGAUGUUCCUUGGCCAACUUUUGAAAUCACUUUGGAAAUGUUAAAUUAUGCGAAAAGACGGAGUCUAAAGAAAGAAGAUAAAAAAUCUCGCCAUUUGACUGAGGAACAAGCUUUGUGGCUGGUGGAGGUUUUGAGAGCAGAAGCAAGGCUUACUACAUUUCAUGAAGCAUUUGGACCUGAGAAAUUCAGUGGUAUUGCUUGGAACAAGUUUGUAAACAAUGAAGACCUUUUUAAUGAUGUACUGUUGCAGCUACAAGAGGGAAACCAGAAAUGUGCAGAGUAUAUUUGGUUAAGACACCAGGUGGAGUUUGAAAGCAAGUUUGAUUUGAAAAGACUUCAAAGUUUGCUCGAUUCUAUUCCAGCAAGCACGCCUUCAGAGGAACUGUGCCUCUGGCUAGGAAAUGUCAUCAUUCCCUUUGUUUUAAGGAUUAUUCCUGAGGGCAAGAAAAUUCUGGUAAAAUGGUUGGAGCACAGAGCCCGCAGUCUUGAGCUAACUGAGAAGGGAAACUGGCCAGAAAAUGGGUUGCAGAUGGCAGAACUGUACUUUGUAGCAAAGAAACCAAAUGAACUUGGACUUCUCACAGCUGGACUUUGGAUUCCUUUAAAGGAAAAUAUUGAUUGUGAGGAGGUAUGUCAAUUAAAGACAUUGGUCAAUAAUCUGCAAGAGCUGGUUGACCUCCACAGAGAAUACAACUGCAGACUGGCACUCUCGGAGUUUGAAAAGGAAACUACAGCAACAAUUGUAUUUCGGAUGUUGGAUAGAAUUCUGGCUCCAGAGCUUAUUCCAUUGACUCUUGAAAAGAUUAUACAGCCUUACAUAACUAAGCAUGGUUUACAGAAGGAAGAACUGUUGUUGCAUUACAUAAAGGAUUUACUGGAACGAUGUAGUUCACGUUCAGCCUCUCUUUUUGAAACUGCAUGGGAGGCCAAAGCUAUGGCUGUAAUUGGGUGUAUGACUGAUACUGACCUGAUUUUUGAUGCAGUACUACAGAUAAUGUAUGGAGCAGUAGUGCCCUGGAGCGAUGCUGUAGAACAACUUGUCAAACAACAUUUGGAAAAGAAUCAUCCUAAGGUGAAAUUGUUGCAAGAAAGCUACAGGCUUAUGGAGAUGAAGAAAUUAUUAAGAGGAUAUGGAAUACGGAACUUUGACAUGUUCAAUGACCACGAGAUAAUGUGGUUGAUAAAGUUCAUCUUGAAACAAGACCUGUCAUCAUCAUUGGAUGAUGCUUUGAAAGUAGUUCAUGCAUAUGUACUUACCCCAGUUGAAGUUUACUUUCUUCAUACAAAACACCUGAUAUUGAACAACAAGAACGACGACUGCCUCAAUUUGCUAAAGUCUCUUGCAUUGAAGGAAGCUGAGACUACUGUAAUGCGUUUGAGCACUUGGGCGCAGUUGAAAAUUGAAAACCAUCCUGAUGAUCCUGAGUGGAAAAAGCAUCUGGUGUCAGUUGCAAGAUCAAUGGCGGAGAUUAUUAAAUUUUUACAGAGGAAUCAAAAGGACAACACUUUACAACAGGAAGAAAAUGAAAAUCUUUUAAAUAAAUUUCAAACAUUUGCAGAUUUUCAGGAAUAUUUUGAGGGAUUCAUUUCACUGAAGGAUUACGAGGAUCCUAAGAUGCUAUUACAAUUGUACAAUGAACAAGUUCAAGCUUAUGCGAGUACUUGGUCUAAUUCAAACUUGAGGAAAGAUGCAGGUCAUAACACUGGUUCAAGCACCAAUGCGAAGAUUCCUAGAGAGAUGAAGCUUUAUAAACUGUCCCUCCUGUUUCAAAACUCAGAGCAAGAUGUGGUAUCAGAGCUUGCAAUGAGGUCACUUGAUGAAGGAAAUAUAGAACGGGCUGUAAAAAUUUGCAGUGAGCUUUACGAAGAGCACAAAACUAAUCAGACUGGCCAAGUAUUAUUUCAUGUGGCUCAGAAAAUGUGUCAGAUGUUGGAAGCUAAUGUUCCCAUAAUAGUUCCAACUGGAAUGAACUUGCCUGCUGUAAUUUAUGAACUAGCUUGCGAAGCCGUCACCAUCUGCAACAUGGACCUUGUACUUGACUGUGAAGAGUUGUGUAAAAGCACUCGUGCUGCUCUAGAUGUGUACAGGCAAUGCCUAAUUGAUGAAUAUGGAUUUAAAACAAGAGGGUCAUCUUUGGAAACUGACAAAGAUCCUUAUGAUGAAUGGACUUUUGAAGAUUUCUUCACUGAGGAUGGCAUUGUGCUUGAUCACGUAUCAGUAAUGCCCGUAAUGUAUGAAAUUACAACUGCCUUCGUACCAUUGCUUCCAGAUGUGAAGCUGCAUCCGUUGGAUUGUGUAUGCUUGCCGAUGAGCCCAGAUAUGAAAGGCCAGAACCCUUUGAAGCCGAUUUACACACCCAUGACCAACCUACUACAGAAUUUGCAGGAGUAUAGCCAACUACAACUAGCUCUGCAGCUGACCAUCAACUCUUUUGGAAGCUGUCAUCAACAUUUUGUUUCAAACAAUAUGAAUUCGGUGCUGAGUAAAAAGCUUCAUGAGGGCCAAGGCUUAAAGGAAGUAAAAGAUUAUGUCGUUGAUAUUGGAAAUGUAGCCUUUUCGAUUGUCAAGAAGAACUCUCAAGCUUUGCUGCACAAGCUUUUCAACUGUCGCGUGGUUGACACUGAUUUAGCAUUGGCUUACUGCACAUUAUUGCCAAAGCAGAUUGUGUUUGAGAAGUUGUGGAAUAUCAUCAACGAUGCAUGGCAAAAUUAUAACAAAAUUCUGGCAGUUGCGGUUGUUGGUGCUCAACUGGCUGAUUUGCUUCAGGAAGAGGAGCAAAAACAGAAGUUCAGUUCCUUGAUUGUUGAUACAGAGUGGGGUCUGAAGCUCAGUAAACUUGGUAUCUUGUUCCAGUCAGCAUUUAGGGAUAACCCAGCAAAGAAAAAAGAAUGUGUUCUUAUUUUGGUGCAAAAUCCGAAUGUGGACUCCAAGCUAAUAAUGCAGUACUGCAGGGCUUUUGGACUGAACAGUGAUGUUGCACUGCAGUUGUAUAUAGAGACAUUGCUUCUAAGGGGUACAAGUGGCCAUCGUGGUGAAGGAGAGCCAUGUGAUGUAAAACAAUCUCAAGCUAAACUUUUGGAAAGAGCCAUAGAAGUCAUGCCUUUAUUGAAAAGUAAAACUGACCUGGUUAUUAGUUUGAGUGGUGCUUUGCACAAGAUGGAUCCAUAUAACUAUGAAGUCAUUGAAAGUGCCUUAAAAGUUAUAAAAUUGUCAAAUGAAACAACCAUGAAUUAUAACUUGGAUCAGGCUUUAAGUCUCUUGCAACACUUGUACUCCUACAAACGAAUUUCACCACCUGGGGAUUUCGAACAUCAGUAUCUCCAGAAGCAUUCAAUUGAUCUUUCACCAAUGGCUGAAAGUAGGCUGCCUUUCCACCUACUGUUUUUUGAAAACACCCAAAGGUUUUGGAAUGUGAUAUCUGCAGAACUAAGCGAGGAGACUUUUGCUACACUGCUGUUGAUAUCUAAACUGAUGAAGGUUUCUUUGGAUACACUUUAUAUGAAAGCUGUUGACCAUCUGCUGGCAAAAGCUCUGAAACCUAAAGUACUUAAGCUGGCAAAAGAGGGAUGUGUUUCACUGAUAACAAAGGAAAUAUCUGAGACAGUGCACAGUAUACAGUCUUACAUCUUGGCAAUUACAAAUCCAGAAUGGGCUACUGCCAGUUCCCAUCGAGUUGCUCAGGAACUUCCAAUCGGACCUGACAAAAUUCAAGCCUUGAAAUUUUGUCUACAGAUGUCUGAAAACUGGUUAAAAGCUACAGCACCAGCGGAUAAAGCUCAUCAAAAAGCAGAGGACUCACUAAAUAAAUUACGAAUAGAGUAUGAGAAUUCAGCAACAGCAAAUCUGCUGAGAAUCCACAACCUAAACUGCCCCGAGUACUUGAGAUUAAUUAAGCUACCAGCUAAACUGAUUUGCUCAUUGUACGAGCACAGCAGCAUUGAAGAUCGGUUAAAGCACCCUACUGCCAGAGAUUAUCCAGAUAUUCAUGCUGUAGCUAGUGAACUAGCAGAAAUAAACAACAGGGAUUUAAGUAAAAUCAGAUAUGCAUUGCUGGAGGAAUAUUUAUGUCCUCCCACUCAUCCGGACUUGGAUAAAAAGUCACAAGAGAUAUUUAAUAACCUGCAAGAAGAUCUGGCACUGAUGAGAGCUAUCUACCUACUUCAAGUGUACCCAGUUGAUCACAGUGCAAAGUUACUUUUCGCUGUUGCUACAGGUCCAUCUUCUCCUUUUGGUGGUGCCCAGCUGACAUUUAGUCAUAGAAGCCGUGCUUUGCAGUGCCUUCUUCACAUUGCAGACAGUGAGACAAUAGCAAAUGUCAUUCAGAAAUCAAUUCAACACAUCAAGCAUUACCUGAAGUAUUGCAUUUAUUUGGCUGAAUUUGAAAUCUUGAACAUACCAUACACCAUUGAGUCAUUCCACAACAGUCCCAAAGAAGGCAUGAUCAAAGGUUUAUGGAAGAACCACAACCACGAGCCUAGAGCUGUUAGAUUGAUUACUGAGUUGAGCUUGGAGUACAAGGUGUAUGACCCACAACUAUGGAAUGGAAUACUACAGAAAUUACUGGCUUUUAAUAUGACCAACUACUUGAGCAAAGUUUUAGAAGCGGUCACUGCAAUACUCUCUUUGUGGCAGAUCCCCAAUUUUACCAGAGCAUGGCGCAGUGUCAUACUUGCACCUUUCCUUUCAGCCUCGUGUCCACCAAGUCCAAAACAACUGAAGGCUUGUUAUGAGUCAUUUGUGCUCUUGAUCAAAUGUCCUGUUGUACCUGAUCUUGAUCUCAUUGGCAUUGCAAAACAAUAUGUUCAGCUGGAGUUGCCAGCCUUUGCUCUCGGUUGUCUUCUACUUAUCCCUUAUUCGGAAAAAAAGAAACAACAAAUACAGGGAUUUCUUUUGUCAGUUGAUUCUGUGACCAUUUUGCAGCAAGUUGUUGAUCACAUGACAACUGGAGAGGUUGCAGGAUAUGCAUCCAAGAUUAAGGAGUUGGCGUUGGGCAGCAUUGCAGACAAGAAACAAUUCGAGAUGCUUGUUGGAUCAAAAUUCUUUCCUUUUCUGAAGCAAUAUAUGAUUGAUAACAAUCGUGUGAAAGAACUGGUGAAUUACCUUGUAAAUAGGAGCUGCCUCGAUGAAGCUAUCUCCAUGGUAACUGACUACCUAAAGCAUGAAGGAAGACCCAUCAAAUCGGAUAUUUCUCUUGAUUUUUUAAAGGAGUUUCUUGAUGAUCAGAAGUAGAAUAACCAGCGUCACCAACAGUCCACUGAUAUUUUAAAUAAGAAUAACUUCCUUGGCAUUGCUGUGGUAAAAAUAUAUUGCUAGAAAUGUUUAUUUAGCAUUUUGUCACAUACAAUGUAAUUCUUCUUGUACAUGUUAUGCUUGGCAUUGGAACUUUUCCCAAGUAGUUUCACUUCAGGAUAGAAAAUAUUAAAACAUACAUGAAGGGGGCUGCUAUCAAAUGAAAUCCGAGGAAGUCUCCCAACAGUGUGUGGGUAAAUGCACAGACUCAUAUGGUAGUGAGCUAUUCAGAGUAUAUCUGCCAGAAAUUUACUCUUAUUCUAUGGUGUUUAAUAUUUCUAGCUGAGUGGUUGUGUCAGAAGUGCAUAACUUUAUUGUUAUCUGAUGACCUACAGUUUGUCCCUUCAGAGAGUGGAAUUCUUUCUCUUGCUUCUUAGUAACCCCUUUCCCAGAGUAAGGAUGAGAAAAUUAACAAGGUUCUUGUUUCUGGUUGGAAUCAGGAGAGAUCUCCUGAAAGAUAUGCAGUGUUUGCCUGCUGCAUGUGGUCACAAAGCCUGGGUUCAUUUACUGAAUUUGGAUUUCCAGCAUCUGUGGUAUUUUGCUUUUGGAUUACUGGAUUUGACAAAUUAGCAACUGAAUUAACGUGUUUGUAUUCCAUUAGCUCAGAUGCUGUUUAUCAAAAUUGAUAUUGAUAGAGUGAAUGUUUUCAUAUCCACCAACUUUUUCAGUAAGCAAUUUGUAAAAUGAACUUCUGUUGAUUUAAGCUGAUGGAUGGAACUGAUGUUAAUUUGAAGAAAAUGUAUAUAACUACCCAUGUGCAAUAUUUGCCAAAUACACUAUCUAGUAUGUGGCAAAGAACCGCUGUCACAAUAGGACACGGGUUCUUUUCUCUGCAUAUUGCUUAAAAGAUGGUUAUCCUUGUAUAUCAUUAUUAGUAGUCCCUUCAUGCACUAAGAAUAUAAAAUAGAAAUAACACGUCUUUUAUUCAACCUCACUGUAUUUAUUGCUGAAUUGCAGUCAAACUAUUUGCAUUGUUAAAACUGAUUACACAAGUAAUAAUAAGAAAAAAUGAAUAUGUUACUGUUUUUGAUAAACAAAGAUUUUUGAAAAGAACAUCUUUUGGUGUCAAUUUCACAAAAUCUUUAAUGUGCUUGAAUUAAAAUCCAUUUUUACUGCUUACACUGUUUGAAAUUUCCAACAGCAAUAAGGUAUCAAUUAUUAAUAUUGUAUAUUUAAAUGCAGCAGCAGGAUCAUGAAAAAUUAAGUUCAGAUAAGAAACAUUUGUUCAGUUAAUGGAAUUUUCAUUUUCUAUUUUGAAAACCAAUAUGCUCAUAUUCUCAGAUCAAAGCGUAUCACAAAAACAAUCAUUACUACAAAUUCUGUAUGUUUUUAAAUGCAAACAUUUGAGGGUCUUGUCCAAAGAAGGCAAGGGUCAUAUUAUGUCACAAGGUCAAUAGCUUAAGAUGCUGGAACCUCCCUGACCGCAUAUUGAUCUUAAGACAGAUGGAAAUCAGUAAUAAUCCGUAGAGAAGUAGGUGAAGCAUAGGUUUUGUAAGAUGACUUGCACUAUCUGAUACAGUUCCAUUGCAUUCCAUUC